AUGAUAUCGACCUUGUUACCAUUUCUUUAUAAUACGAGGACAAUCCUACGAACGAAUCCUCGAAUUUCCCUUACAUUUUCUCGUUCUUUACACGCCACACGGCGACAAUUAAGAGAGGGUGAUGAAAUACCAUUUGCCUCUUACGUUCCUCAAGAUGAGACUCCACCGGAACAACCUCUUCGUCGUGGUACCAUCACUCCGUCGGAGAGACGCGUAUUUGAAAGUAUCUUCGCCGAUAUAAAAUCUCGCGGUCUUAAGCCUUUUGUUCCCGAAGAAUCAUCAGCAACCUCAGCUACUCGCACUACUCUAUCUAUAAUGCAACAAGCUGUCCAAGAUGCUAGCCAUAUCCGCCCCGUUACCCUUACCACCCCCGGAAUACCGGAUGAUUCUACCCAAGAUCGUCAUAAGGCUCUUCUACGAUUUCCACCCGAAUUGCGCGCUGCUGCUAGCAAGGCAUUUGAUACAAUCCAGCCUUCAAACCCAAGGCUUCCGAGCGGUGAUGAUAUCGCAUAUGAUGAAGCUUCUAUUACCGCUACCCGAGAAGACCCUGAUGGUGAUGAAGGUUGGAAAGUACCCGCAAAUACCGUCGACCGCACUGCAGAGUUAGAGGCUAAGCGUUACCCUGAGCGCACCCGUGUCGAAGGAUUAAUCACUGCUGCUGAGACCGACUUCAAACUUUGGGAUGUCCUAGAAAAGGAAGUGUUCGUAAUGCCUGCCAGACUUGGUAUUCAGGGAGACGCAGAAACAGACGUCACGUCCACCGAAAACAACACUUCAUCCCAGGAAUUGAGUCUCUACAUACAUGGGCCGCUAUACCCGGAAUAUCUCCUACUCGCACUACGACGUCUCGACACCGCAUUUCGCGCGCCAUCACCUCUCGCCUUCUCCAUAUUACCUCGGAUUAAGGAGCUAGGACUCGAGUCAUAUAUCCUUGGUAUAUCAACACCUUUCUAUAACGAGCUCCUAGAAAUUUACUGGACCCGCCGUGGCGAUCUAUCCGGAGUGCUGAACCUGCUAGAGGAAAUGCGCCAUUGUGGUCUCCGCUUUGACGCACAGACUGCGUCUUUCCUCGGAAGAGUAAAUACGGCGUUAACUCUUCUAGCUACUAGGGAAGCCUCUGGUUCUUUUGCAAGGGCCCUUAUGAACAUGCCUGAAUACGACCGGUCUGUACGACAUCGCAUAAAGCGUUGGCACGAAGCUGUGGACUUGUCAAUCAACGAAGAGAUAGAUUGA